AUGAGUAACUUAUUGAUAAGUAUUUGUUUAUGUGGAGAUCCAUUUGUUGGAAAAACAUGUUUUUUCCAACGAUUUUCAAAUGGUGAAUUUAAUGCUAAUACAAAGACAUCUAUUGGAAGUGAUGUAACAUGUAAAAAACUUCAACUUGAUGGUAAAACGUACAACGUUCAAUUAUGGGAUACUGCUGGACAAGAAAUAUUCCGAUCAACUACAACAACUUAUUUUAGAAAUAGACAUUGCAUUUUAUUUACUUAUGAUAUCACUAAAAGGGAAACACUUGAACAUGUUGAAGACUGGAUGAAAGAAUUCUGCCAAGUACAACCAGAUACUUCUAAAACAUUGACUAUUCUUAUUGGCUGUAAAAAUGAUUUAGAAGAACAACGUCAAAUCACUUUUGAAGAAGGUGAACGAUUUGCAAGUACUCAUCAAAUCCCCUUCUUCGAAUGUUCAGCUAAAACAAAUAAUAAUAUUCAAGAAAUUAUAGAAUUUGUUGUUAGAGAAUUACGUGUGAGAAAUAUGCUUGUUGAUAUGAAUCCUCUUACUAAUGAAGAAAAUAAAGAACCAGAAAAUUCAGUUAUUGUUUUAGAAAAGAAAGAUAUUUCUAAUGAACCAUCUGAACAAGUUACUGGUUGUUGUUAAGUUAAUCACAUUUCGACUCUGAAAAAAAAAACAAACAACAUU